AUGGGAGCUCGUUCUCGACUGGGUUGCUUGUCCUGUCGGCGUCGGAAGAAAAAAUGUGACGAGGUGAAGCCGAUCUGCACGGCUUGCCUGCGCAACGCCCUUGCCUGUACAUGGCCCGACUCGGACUCAAACACGCAGUGUGUCUCUGUGAUUGAGGUAAGAUCAGCGCAACGACUGCAGACAUUCGACACACGCGAUACACCCGCGUCAGACGCCUGGGCCCUGACGACUGGUUCACCCUGCGAGUAUGUGGCUGCUACUAUCCCUGCGGCGCCCUCGUAUUUCGUCUUGCCUGGCUCAGUAUCUCCAGGGUCUGAGACAUGGAGGCUUUUGGAUCAUUAUUUAAAAGAUACAGCGAAUCGACUGGCCUGUUUACAAGAUGGCGAAAAUCCAUUUCUGCAUACGAUACUCCCGGCCGCUCUGGACGAUGAGCUGCUCAUGAACUCCAUUUUGGCCCUUUCGGGUGUUCACAUGAUGCAAAGGCUACCUCAUUUGAAUGUGGAGAUGCAGUUAUUGACUUGGUCUAGUUACUCUCGGGCAUUAAAACAGCUUAGGGUCUCUUUAUCCAAGCCUUUUGAUGGCACCAAUAGCGUAGAUGCUGUAUGGCGCGCUCUCUUGGUUGUCUUAAUAUUUUACCUUUUAGAGGCGACCAGAGGUAAUGAUCCCCAGGCCAUGCAGCGACAUCUGGAGGGUGCUCACCACCUGAUGGCCCAUGCACUUCAAGCAACUACAAGCCCGGCCCAGCCUAGUAUCGUAUCAUUUGCCACUGAGCUUUAUGUGUACAAUGCUGCCCUUGCAUCAUUCUCGACAAAUUGUCCCCCGACCCUAUCUAUGCUAUCUAGUGCCUUUUUGAAUAGCCCCAAAUACCCGAAUCCCGAAAUUGGCGUCUUAUGCGGCUGUGCCUACGAGCUAUUCGCCCUUGUCCCCAAAGUCUCGGCUUUAUUAUGGGAAAUGAACCCCCAUAGGUCAUCACAGCUUCCCUAUAACCCGGAAUUGAUCGUCAGCUAUUACAACACAAGGGCACAAGUUGAGAAUUGGAAGCCUCGUAGCGACAAGAGUGAGCUUGUUCUGUGUGCAGAGCUUUAUCAGCAAAGUCUUCUACUUCUUUUGGAUGUGCACUUCCCAUCUGAAUUUACGACCAAUAUUAUCGAUCAAGCAUUUCAGAAAUUCGAAUCGCUCCUAUCGCAUCUACCUCCAGAGUCCCCAAUAGCAACAACAACUACAUGGCCUCUAUUUGCUUUCGGGAUGCAUGCUCGGGUAAUUCAUCAGAAAGAGAUUGUUCGGCAGUACUUGACUUCCGUUAUCACAAUAUUCCGAAUGGGAGUCAUGUCAACAGCGCUAACUCAGCUGGAAGAAAUCUGGACGGAGGAGUUCAACCUCAACUUGGUACGCAAGUUUUUUGCGAAUCAUGACCAGCUCCUUCUAAUUUGUUGA